CCUAAAAGCGUUUUUUUAUAAAAAUAACUAGUUUAUAGUUUUUAAUUAUAAUUUAAACAUGGAUGUCUUUUUAAUGAUUAGGCGAAAAAAGUUAACCAUCUUCACAGAUGCAAAGGAUACAACGACUGUAUUAGAACUGAAAAAAAUGAUUGAAGGUAUUCUGAAAGUGGCACCGCCCAGCCAAAUGUUAUUCAACAAGGACAGUCAGUUGAUGGAGGAUGAAAAGACCUUAGCUGAAUAUGGUUUGACCUCUGUGACUGCUAAAGCACAAUGCCCUGCUCCUAUCGGACUUGCUCUAAGGAAAGAAAAUGGUGAAUUUGAAGCCCUGGAUCUGACCCCAUACUCCUCACCGCCAGACCUGCCAGACGUCAUGAAGUCCCAGGAGACGAACGGUCAAGAACAAAUGGAUCAGCAUUAAACGACAAAACGACCACUCGCAUUUGUGAUACAACCAUCAUCUUAGUAUCAAGAUAUCCUGCACUUUGGCGACCACAGAUAACAAAUAAUGGUGUUCAAAUAUUUUUGAACUUGGCAACCCCAAUAUAAGUGUCACCAAAGUUGAAGGUUAACAACGAGGCAAUAAGUCUUAAUCUGUGCCCUAUUCUGGCACUAUAAAAACAAGAUUCAAUUGCAUAUUGAAGCUUGUUUGACCUCAAUUAAUGUUUGACAAAUAAUCAUAAUUUUUUAAUGAAAAUUGAUUAUUUGUGUUAACCUCCAUAGUUACGCUAUUAACGCUUAUCUCUUAGGGUUUUUCCAUGGAUAUAUUUAAAGCACAUAUAGAGAAAAUAAUUGUCUGUCAGUAUUGAUAGAUAUAUUUAAUAUUGUCAAUUGUUUUAAUUCUAACAACACUACUUACUGUUUGUUACAAUAUUUUUUUUAUCAUUUCAUUGCGUUUAUUUAUUGAUAUUAUACUUGUGAUGAUCUUACCUUGGCUUAAUUUGAAUCAGGGUUCAGGGUCACAUUUUAUGAAUUACAAAGUGUGAUGUAAUAGAUACGACUAAAAUGUUCUAUGGUCUUGUCGCCUUUAUAAAUAAUUAAAAAUUUCAUAUAUUAAAAAUCUCAAAUGUGCAGCAAAACUGCAUGAAACAACGAAUACAUCCAUAUUUCAAUAAUUCAUAACUGAAAUGUGGAACCUGUUCUAAAAAUAGCCCUUUUUUAACAUUUCAUUUAAUUAAUUUUGUGGUAGUAACAUCGAAAACUCACAUGCCACAAUAAUUAAUGUUUUGACAAUUUACUUAAUAAAUUUUAAACCACACGUAUCGUAUAUUAUAGAUAUUGCGUGUGUAUUGUAGAUGUCACAAUUUUCACUAAAACUUGCGUGUUCUUAGCUUUGUCACUUUCAAAAUUGUGUACUAAUACGGCUAUGUAUCUAAUACAGUUAUAGGUUUACACUUUAAGUAUCACUUCAUUCUCAUGAAUAUCCCAAAGCGGGACUAAGUAAUCAUUACGUGUAGUAAUUUGGAUGUUUUAAAUAAUUUACGUGUCGUACUUUAUGUAUUUAUUUGUAUGGCAACAUUUUUGGUCAUACGCGAAACGAGUUCGAAAUUAUUUUAUUGGAGAAAGCCUUUAAUGUAACACGUAUCCAAAUGGUAUAAAUUUCAAAUUAAACAGCAUAAUAUAUAGUACGACUUUUAGUGCUGAUUUACACAGGGUCAGUAGACAAGUCAGUCGCGGCGCCAAAAUUCGGCGUCGCGACUGACUUUAACUGUUUUACAUAGACUUCAAGCCUCUGUACUGACUUCAAAUCUGUUUACACAGGGUUUUAUUUCGGGUCAGCACUGAUUUGCCUCGAAUUUGUAGUCAGUUACUGACCCUGUGUAAAUCAGCACUUACACUUGAAAAACUUUAGUACUAUAUUGAAAGUCAGUAAAUACUAGGUACUAAUUUAAGUUAAAUACAUACUAUAAAAUCUCAAGUCUUCGUUUCAAAUAAUACUAAAGUUUUUAAGCAUGUCUGACUGCCAUUAAAGAGAAUUAGUCAAUCUUAGUCGAUGGAUACAUUGGCAUCGGAUGUGCAAUCUACGGUUUUGUGGUUAUUCUAUUAAAAUUAAUAUGGUAUUUAACUAAAGAUAGAAUAGGAUGGUCUAUAGAUAAUAGUUAAAUUGAUAGGGUAAAUAGGGGCUUUUUAUAUUCUUGGAUCCACAACAUUUUGUCUAUAUCGUGAACCUACCACAAGUUUUUAAUAAUAAUUAACUCCAUAAUUUAUGAUUUAGAAGUGAAUAUAUGACCACCUUCUUUGUAUCAUACUUAUCAAUUGUUUUUCAAACAUCGAGAAAUGAAAGCCCAAAAGAGUUGCUAAGGGAAUCAACUUGUGGUAGGUUCUCUAUGUAUAUUGUAAUAGUUCCUCGACAUUGACGGUUGCUAAUUGUUUUUCAUUUAUCUGUUUAUUUUGUAACAAUUUCUUCUAUUCUUCCUUUUUAUUAAAACAUGUUAAUGAGGUUCUUUAUAUUUUAUUUUGAGAGCAGGUUGGUAAAAGUUUUUAUGGGCUCAUCAAUGAUAAUUUAAAUUAAACAUUACUGCUCUUAAUGUUCAAAUCUUAUGGUAUUUGAGAAGUUAUUUUUUGCACAAUACAGUCCUUGUAAACAAAUGCUUCAUGAAAUGUACAUUUUGAAACGAUUUUUUUAACAUUUAAAGAUAUUAUACUGCUCAGCUUUAUCGCGAUAUUGCAUCCCACUUAUAAUAUUACCUAUGUGUUUGUAAAUUAUCAACAAAGUUCAUUAAAUAGUUGAUAGCCAAUAAAAAAAUCCUUUAUUUUCAUUGGUGCAUAUUUGAAUGUCGUUUAGUUUAACCAGCACAUUUGUUACCAAAUUCCUGUCUAUCUAAAGUCGUAGUAUUAAGUUUUAUUACACUAUAAUAGGUUUAUAUUGUAAUAAUUAUUGAAGGAAUUCUAUUCAUUAAAGUGAGCUUAAUAUAGAUUUUUUCGAAAGCCUUUGGAGAUUCACUUUUUCUUUCGUAGACCUUAUUGUGAUGUAAGUACACAGCAAUAAUCAUAAUGACAAUUUUAUGUAGCAUUCUAGUUUCACAUAAGGGUUUGGAUGACAUGUGAACAAACAAUAGGGCAAGAGACUUGUGUAAAUUAGAUUAGUUUCAUGUGCAAGUAUGGGAUAUUUCAAGAACCAGCAGGAAAUAAAGCUGUUUUGAUUUGUU